UCAGUGGGAGGGUACAGAGCCGAAUCAAGCAUGGCAGCCGGAGUUUUUACCAAAGUGAGUCCUCUGGAGCAGAGGCAGUAGAUGACCAUGGAUGUUCUCUUGACAAGUGUGUGAAUUGGACCAUUUUCCUGUCCUGCUGAGCAUUCAAAAUGUAACAGGUUUGUGCGGGCUCCACCACCCCUGGCUUGUUGCAGCCGGAUAUUCCUGUAGUGGACCGCUCUGUGCGACUGCUGCGGCCGUCAGAACACUCCCCUUGCAAACUCAUCACACUCAUUCACAUAAAUUCUCUACUUCACCAUCACAAGGAGAUAAUCUCUUCUCUCUUUUUUUGUAGAUGUCACUGACAAGAUCCUGAACCUUCCCCUUGAAAUGCCAGAUUUUUUCCGCUUGUCAGAACUGUUCUCCUUGAAAGAUCUAUUCGAUGCCAGAGUUCACCUCGGCCACAAGAAAGGCUGCAGACACAGGCUGAUGGAGCCCUACCUGUUCGGCAGUCGUCUGGACCAAGACAUAAUCGACCUAGACCAGACAGUGGAGCACCUCCAGAGCGCCCUAAACUUUACUGCCCACAUCGCCUACCGUGGCGGCGUCAUCCUCUUCGUCUCACGCCGCCGCCAGUUUGGUCACCUGGUGGAGAGCACGGCGCAAGACUGCGGAGAAUAUGCCCACACACGCUACUGGCAGGGCGGCCUGCUCACCAAUGCACCCAUCCAGUAUGGCCCGGGGGUUCGGCUGCCUGACCUCAUCGUCUUCUUCUCAACGCUCAACAACGUCUUCCAGCAGCACGUGGGGGUCCGCGACGCGGCCAAGAUGAAUAUACCCACAGUGGGGCUGGUGGACUCUAACUGCAACCCCAGCCUGGUGACUUACCCGGUGCCUGGGAAUGACGACACACCAGCCGCUAUGGAGUUGUACUGCCGCUUGUUGAAGAUGACCAUCAACCGAGCCAAGGACAAGAGGAGACAGAUGGAGCUGCUGCAGGGUCGAUCAGCAGUGGGCCUCACACCAGGCUCCUAGUGAGCGGCAACAAGGGGGAAUGAAGGGCUCCUGUUUGAGUACUUUGAAAAUGCAUUCUUCUUUACUCCCUUCCUUGAAGUAAUACCUGAUCUAAAGUAACAGGAUAGGUGAAAUUUUUACCUUUUGGCUAAGAGAGUAGUAUCUGGAGGCAAGUGUUCCACUUCUUAGUUUGCCCCAACAUAUGGAUAUCAGAUUAUGGAUUUAUGACAAAGAAGAGAAGAUAGAGGAUUCAUUUUCAGUAUUUGAACAUGGACAAGGACAUUACUGCUAAAAUACUCUGAAUACUCUAUGAAGUAUCAUGUUUCAGCAACAGAUUUGGUGAAUUUGUACAGAAUUGUUGCUCUUUUUCUAGAUGUAUCUGGAGAAACUGGUGUACAACAUGUGUAAUUCCAAUGUUUGUUCCAUCAUCAACUGAUCCAGGUUUGAUCAGCAUGUUUCCAUAUUAUUGCUAAAUCUCAGCUUGUUUUUCAUUGUCUGGUCAAAUACAAUGAAAAAAUUGCAUUUUUGUAUCAAAUGACAUGAUUGCACUACACUCAUUCUAUUUAUCAAGUAAACUUUAUUUUCACUAAAUUUGUUUGGUCUCUUUUGUAUGCAUUUUUCUACACGCACACUGAGUGGAUUUUAAUACUGGGCUAAAAUCUUAGUGUACAAGUCAUGUCCAACUAGUGGGAUCUUUUUGAGUCUGUAAAGUUAAUUAUGUGUGAAAUGGCAGUGGAAACACCUUUAUGUGCAAAUAUUGAUAUAAUAACCAUCCCAUCGUAGUAAAUUUGGAGUGGUGUUAAUAUGGUGUGUGUUUCUCCCACUACGACUCGUGAGACCAUGAAGUUUAUUAGGCAACAGAUUGAAUAUAGUAAAUUAUGAUGAACUUCACAGGAUGGUGAAGGUG